AGGGGGAGCUUGGCAUUGAGAUGGAUACUAAAAAUGUAUCGGGGUCACAACUUUCAUUACAUUUUAAGCAGGCGCAACACAACAGUCGGAUAAACGUAUGUAGACAACAGCCCGCGAUGAAGCUAGUAAAACCGUCUCAAAGUUUGAUCAAGAAUUGUUUCUUUAUUUCCCCUUUGUAAAGUCGGUAUAAGUGAAUGGUACGUUCCACCCCCUACGAGUACUGUUUUUCUUACUGUGGAUGGAGCCACCAAGUUAAAUGCUCCUCUUUUAGAUGAAAUAUACACGCGUGUUAAGCCUUUGAUUGUUAAACAUCUGUCGGAUUUACGAGGUCGCUGAAUCGUCCCAGAAAGUCCAAAGCAGGAUUGGGAGCGGAUAAAUGUGUAAAAUGGCAGUUUGGAGCGUCCUUUGAAGUGUUUGCCCUUUUUGUGACUGGAUUCAUGAUCGUGUAAUUUUGAGUACGGGGCGCUGUGUUGUUUGAAAAGCUUCAUGUUUUCUCCGGGUCAAGAGGAGCACUGUGCGCCCACCAAAGAACCUGUGAAGUACGGCGAACUGGUGGUUCUGGGGUAUAAUGGUUCACUACCCAAUGGAGACAGAGGGCGGAGGAAAAGCCGGUUUGCCCUUUACAAGAGAGCCAAAGCCAAUGGUGUCAAACCCAGCACUGUACACAUCCUCAACACACCACAAGCCAGCAAGGCUGUGAACUGCAAGGGUCAGCACAGCAUCUCCUACACUCUGUCCAGAAACCAGACGGUGGUGGUGGAGUACUGCCAUGACAACAACACUGACAUGUUCCAGAUUGGCCGUUCGACGGAGGGCCCGAUCGACUUCGUGGUGACAGACACCGUGUCAGGGGGCGGGGAUAGUGAGGAGACGCCCAUCACCCAAAGCACCAUCUCCCGGUUUGCCUGCCGGGUGGUGUGUGAACGUAACCCACCCUACACGGCACGCAUCUACGCCGCGGGCUUCGAUUCCUCCAAGAAUAUAUUUCUCGGAGAGAAGGCAGCCAAAUGGAAGAAUCCAGAUGCUCACAUGGACGGGCUGACGACCAAUGGUGUGCUAGUCAUGCACCCGCGGGGUGGGUUCACAGAGGAGUCCAAGCCCGGCGUGUGGAGGGAGAUAUCGGUGUGCGGAGAUGUUUACACGCUGCGAGAGACGCGGUCUGCUCAGAUCAGAGGCAAACUGGUGGAGAUAGAGAGUAACAUACUGCAGGAUGGAUCUCUUGUUGACCUGUGCGGAGCGACACUGCUCUGGCGCACCGCUGAAGGGCUUUUCCACACCCCCACCCAGAAGCACCUGGAGGCCUUGAGGCAGGAACUGAACGCAGCCCGACCUCAGUGCCCCGUCGGGCUCAACACCCUGGCCUUUCCCAGCAUGCAACGCUGCAGUCGUGCCCUGUCUAAUGUCCCCUCCCAAGAAGACAAACAGCCUUGGGUGUACCUGGCCUGUGGCCACGUUCACGGUUAUCACGACUGGGGCCACCGUUCCGAACGAGACCACAAUACUCAGAGAGAAUGUCCCAUGUGCAGAACCGUGGGCCCCUACGUGCCGCUCUGGCUCGGAUGCGAACCGGCCUUUUACGUGGAUACUGGUGCACCAACGCACGCCUUUGUACCCUGUGGCCACGUUUGCUCCGAAAAAUCUACCCGCUAUUGGGCGGAGAUCCCCUUACCGCACGGCACCCACGCUUUCCACGCUGCGUGCCCCUUCUGUGCUAUCCAACUUAAUCUGACUCAAAAGUGGUCUAAGCUUAUCUUUCAGGGGCCCGUAGACUGAGAGUAUAGGAGACGUGAACGGACGGAUGCUGGAUUAUUGCGUAAUUUGAAGUGGAAUCAAGUUUGCUAAAGGACUGUGACUAAAAACGGAUUCAUACAGCAAACUGUGAAGCUGCCCUUGAAAUGUGUAUGCUGGAGAGCAGGUUUUUGAUUGCAUGUCAUCACGUACAGUCAUCUAAGUUGCCUUGGUGAUGGACAGGAGGCGUCAAUGAGUUAUUUUAUCCACCAGCCCAGAAAGAUGUCAGAUGCCACCAGCAUCACCACACCGCUCAGGAGAUUUUCAGAUCGCUUUUCAAACAGGAUACUGCUUUAGACCUGUGGAUGUUUUGGUGCAGCACUGCUUUCAACACUCCCUUACUUCCUUUCCAAAGAACUCAAAUCACACUAAAACCAGGUAAUAGAGGUUGGGCUACACUGUGUUGGAGGGUCAGUUUGGACCGUAAAGCCCUGCUUUAAGUUAUAACUUUAAUGUGUGGUAACUUUAUGGAUUUAUUAUGGCCCUAACAGUUCGAGCAAUGCUUUGCCAACUGAUAUUCUGCAAUGGUUGUUUCCAAAGAUUAAAUUGGUGCUCCUGUUGGGAUUUUAUGACGCCAUUACACUCCUGUAUAUGGUUGAUCUCCCACAGUGGAAGCUUUCUUUUUCACAUGGAUUAUGCAUUGUUGAAUUGGAUAAAUGAUUUGUCGUUUUUAGCAUAGUCUUCUGUCCUCACUGAUCCCUAGAAGUAUUUUUCUUCCUCCUAAUGUGUACUUGGUGAGUUAUUGAUGUCUUAAGUUUAAAAUCUAAGCUUUUAUUUUUUUAUUAAUAUCUUGGUAACAAGAUUAACUAGCGAUGUUGCCAAAUACUGUUGGAAUGGGCUAUAAAGUGUAUAACUGGAAGAAUAGAGGUGUUAUUUACUACUACUUAAAAGCUUGACCCAAAUAUAUUUUCUUACAAUACAUUUGCUAGCAAAAUUUUCGAGAAUUUUCGUUUAUGGUAGGAUUUAAAUCAAAUAUGUUGGUGCACAGGUUUUAUUCGUUUUCAGAAGAUCCGAGAUGCACUUGGUUUUUAGGAUUAUAAUCGAAAGUCCCUCAAAGAAAUUGUUUACCCAAAAAUUAAAUAUUCUGUCAUUUAUUUACCACUAAUUCAUUCAAAACCUGUUUGUCUUUUUUUUCUGUGAAACCGAAAUGACUGAAUGGGACACAGAAUAAGGUAUUUUGAGAAAUGUCUCUGAGGUUUUGUGUCCAUGCAAAGGAAGUCAGUGGGGGCUAAUGUUCUUCAAAAUAUAUUUUUGUGUUCCUCAUAAGAAAGUCGUACAGGUUUGGAAUGACAUAAGGGCAAGUAAAUAAAUAAUUUUUACUUUUGGGUGAACUAUCAUGAAAUUUUCAUUGGUUAAGUCAUUAUUGUAGUGUUUUUAUAAGAACCCUUUAUUCCACUGUUUUACUAAAGUUUAUACAGAGAUUAUGAUGUCAAGCAGCUGUUCUACGCAUAUUGAUGCUUUUUUGUUUUAAGAGACUUCCGAUUUUAUAAAGUGCUUUUUUGGCUAAAAAGUAUUUUAGUACACAAAGGCCCAUGUACAGUUUUAAACAGAUACUAAUAUAUUUAUUCAGUUAUGUACUUUACUGUGUUGUGAGGUGUCUGUAUUGAAUGUAUCAACACCAACUGCUUUAAGGGAUAACUCAACCCAAAAUUAAUGGCUGAAGAUUACAUUAUGAUUCCUAUUUACAUCUGUUGUAGGGAAACCGUCCUUUUUGUGUUCGGGAAGUCUUACAGGUUUGGCAUGACUGUUAAUUUUAGGUAAACCAUUUCUUUAAUGCUGUAAACGGUCAGUAACAUUUUCUUGAUUGCCACUCAAGCCUCCUUUAGGCUUUGCUUGGGUCUUUAAAUUAAUCUGAGGUCUCCACCACAACCAUCAAUCUCACUGCUACUGUUAGAUCCAAUGUUAAGUGUUAAAGAAACACUGUAACAUGUCACCUUAGGUUGACAUGGAAACUCUGAAUAGUCUCAUAUUUUUCCCCAGUCCUGUCUAAACGAAAUGCAAAGCUUUUUAUAUAACGUUACCGUGAGAUGGCGUAGCUCGCCGUCUAGGGCACCAGGAGUACCGGUGGACGUCUCUAGAACGUGAACGCGAAACAUGGCAGGAGAGAUCAAAAGGUCAGACACUGUAUCACCAUAAAACAAUAAGGAAAAACUUACUUCACUACUAACUAGUUGUUGUCCUCUCCCGAGGAAAAUGUUUGCUAGUCUCCUUGUGUAGUGAUCCAUGGUGUGCCCAGCACUCCUCACAGAGCGAGUUUAAGUGUGCCCAGCACCAUUUUCAUUAGGCUACUUUCGUUUUAUUCAGAAGGGUUUAAACAGUAUUUUUAGAGAUUUCAACACUAGGAAAUGUUUUCGUUAUUAAUUUGUUAAUUGAGUUCACUUUUACCACAGUGAAGUGACUUUUACUUGUGAUACUUGACUGUUGUGCUUUUAUUUUCAUCUUUAAGUCUGUUUUUCUCCAAAUUCCUUUCCUGAAAAUGAUAGCGCUCCGCCGACAUCAGAUAGACGUAACUUUAAUUACAUAUACAUGGUACGAAAUAAAAACUGAUUUGGAAAGGGCUUGAACCCAGCUUUCAUAUGGUAUUAAAACAUGGAAUAUGUCAAAUUUCACCAUGUGUUGGGUUCAUUUAUUAUUUGGAUGUGUUCCUAAAAUUAAAACUGCAUAUUCAUGUAUAUGCUUCUGUCUGUUAACAGUGUUGCUUAUUUUUUUAUGGAGAGCAAUCUUAAAAAUACCAAAAAAGAUUUUAUGAAGACUUCUUGGUAAUGUAAAAUUCCAUUCAUGUCCAGCAAAUGUGUGUAAUCAUAAGUCAAUUGUGCAAAACAGGCACAAUAAUUUAGGACACUGAACAUUUUUAAUGUUGUCUGCUAACCAUUUGAUUUUUAGUCAAUGUUGCUACCAUUGCAAGAGAAUUGUAAAAGAGCCUUUGUCUUUAACAAGGUUAGGUAUAGGAUUAUGAAAUACAGUCAUAUGUAGCUCUAUAGGUGACAGACUGACUGCAGUAUUCAAUGUGAAACUGUACAGUGGCUUUUAAUUCAUUCAGGUAUUAUGUAUUAAAUCAUGAAUUAACAGUUCACAUGAAAGAUGAACUCUGGGUCGACAUGUAUAAAGUGUGAGGGAAUCUUCAUUCUUACCAGUGUAACAUUCCUUUGGUUUGUCUUGAAGAGACUACGAUUUUGGGACUUUGAAUAACACCUUGCCCCAUCUGUACUAGGGUCAUUGUACAAUGAAUAAAAUGUAUAUACAAAAUUG